UUUCACUUAUUUAUACAUUGUUAGUAAACAAAGAAUUUAAUGAGAAUUUAUUCUAAAUUGGAUAACUCUCAUAAUUAGUAUUCUAUCUUCUAUUGGCUGUUGAAUUCUUGCUUCUUAUGCUAAUAAGUCCUUAUUUUUAGUCUUUUUUGUAUCUUUUUCCUUCCGUAGGGACUUUCCAACACAUAUACUGAGUCUUUGUUAGCCCUUUAUCUUCUGGUUUCUGAGAAAAGGUUCUUAUAGUCCAUAAUUUCUGCAUUCUAGAUGUCCAGCUUCAACAAUAUAUCUCCCAGUCCCCAGUUUUGUUCAUUGAAGUAUAUAUGAGUUAGUUUAGCAAAAUGUAAAGUUUCAGUAAUUUUCCAAAGCUGUGUUCCCAUAAAAGGAGCAUAUGACAUCUUUACAAAAUGCUGGCUAAAAGUGAUUUAAGACUAACACACUACCUAUAACUUACAUACUAGUUAUUAUUAAUUUUUAAAAAUAAUUAGAAGAUAAUUAAAACCAUUAAUUUAAAAUUAGAGAAGUUAUAUAAUUUCCAAUAUUUGUGUCUAGGAAAGGGAGCAGCAAAAGCACACAGGUGUAUCUGACUGUAAAAAUGAAAAGCAAAAAGAGGGGAAAAGGCCUGGGGAAUCAGAGGUUCUAGUUAAAAUGACACCUCCUGUCUCAAUCCUCAAAGACCCUGUCCAUGUUUUCUUUGUUUGGACAAGGGAGAAUAAAGAAAAAAAUAAGAGAAUAAAAAAAAAAUUUAUGAGGGCAAGAAUAUUAUUAAGACCAACUUAUAUUCUGAGCAUAGGUAACUUGUGUUGUAGGCAGACACAGAUGCCAUUGCAAUUACUGUUGUAAAUGUAGGUAUCAUUUCAGACUCCAUUUCUUCUGCAGACAUCAUUAUAGAUUAAGAUUCCAUGGUAGAGGGAAAUGCAUCUGCAGAUGAAUACCACAAUGCAGUUACCAUCACACAUACCAUUCAUAACUUGUAUCUAAGCUCUGUCUUCCAGCAACCAGGCAUGUUGUGUGACCACCUGCACAGGUUGAAGACAUUCCUCCUACCUAACUCCCAAAGCAGAAUGGUGGACACUCCUUUGAGAGCAAAGGCUACAACUCCAACACAGAGGUCUGCACCAUCUACCCUGGCUGCUGCCAGUUCCUCCAUCCAGAUAGAGCUGCCAAAUGGAGAGACUGCAGUGCAGAUCUCUCAUUGUAGGAAGUGAAUAGAUCUUUCUCUAGGACAGGAACAGGCAGCAAACCUAGCUGCAAAAAGUGUGUCCAGGUAGAGGACCACCUGUUAAGAAAGGCAAGAGGCAGUGACAGGGCUGUAUAGUAUCAGGAAGGCUGAGAAGGAGUUCUUUCCCAGGAAGGAGAGAGUAUGCUGAUUCCAAGCACAGUUUGCAGUAGACCCAAAGCCUAACAGCAAGAGACUUCCCCAGUGACACACACACAAGGGAAGAGAACACACAGAAAGGAGGAGGGCUGGUAUGGAAGAAUGGAAACUUAGAACAGCAAGGACCUGCAGUAAGAACAGUCUUCCCCCAAAGCUACAGGUGCUCUUGUAGAACCUUUCCAGAAGACAGAGGUGCCCUUGCAGAACCUUUCACUGAUUUGUAGAAAAGACUCAGCAGGAGAGGCACUGAAGAUGAGUAAGACAGCCUCAUCUAUUCCCCAUAUAACAACCAGUAAGGCAGCAUAAUUUGUUCCCCAUAUAACAAGCAGCACAACUAAAAAGAGGGUAACAGUAGGAAGAGAUUCUCUUCUGAGAAGCAUGAAGGCACUAUUUACUGGUCUGCUGCACUCUCCAGAUUAUGCUGCUUACCAUGGACUCAUAACAGAAGUGUCACUGAGACUACCAUGCCUUGCACAGUCCACCAUUAUCUGCUGCAGCUGUUUCAUGUGAGUGCCAGUGAGCAGCAUCAAGAAGGAUUACACAUCCCUGGCAGCAGCAGUAGCUGCUGAUUCUGGAGCACAGGUAGUUUUUUCAUCAACUUUUCCAGUCAAAGCAAAGGUGUCUGAAACAGCCAGUCUAAUCUGGGGAAUCAACAAAUAGUUACAGGACUUGUGCCACAGCCAGGGGUUUUGUUGCUUAGACCACCAGACUUGCUUUGAACAACCUGGUCUACUGAGGGCAGAUGCAGUCCAUCUGUCAGAAAAGGCAAAGAACAUCUUCACUCACAGGCUUGCCAAGCUGGAGAAGAAGGCUUUAAAAUACAGCUGCUGAGGGAGGAGAGCUUCAGUCCAUCCCACUCCUAUCACAGACAGCAAGAGAUGUCCUGAGCCUCAAGGCAUCAAGGGCUUCUCCGGCAUCAUGGGCAUGGAGUCAUUUGUUACCAUCUGAGCCCCUUACAGAAGCUGCAGCCAAUGUUCCUGCCCCUUUCCUCUCCAGAAGCCAAUGGAAUGAUUUUCUGCAAGCCCUCCUGCAAGUCAUAAGGGGAAAACUGGCUUGAGCAGCAGAACAAGCAUGAUCCAGUGCAGACUGCAGUGGGCCACGACCCUUUGCUGCUGGGGCAAUGCCUGCUGAUCUUCGACAUUUUGCGAAGAGAGAUGGUGAUGUAGCAGUACAGCCAAAGUAAGGGCUGUGUGAAAGGACAGGAGAUGGGUUUGGCUGCUCAGGAAACCACAGCCCCCUUCCCACAACUGCGGGUGCUGAUAGAGGGCUGGGCAGCUCCCCACUAGCACUGUCCCAGAGCACUGCCUGGUCUGUGAGCAGGAGGAAGCAGAGCAGCAGGAGAGCAAACACUGGAAGAUCUGCAGGUGAGUCAGAGUGUUCACAGGGGCCUGGUUGCUAACGGAAGACACAUCUGUACACAGAAAGCUCCUUUCUCAUGUUUCAUGCUCCUACCCUCCAAAUCUAACAGAGGGCUUAGCUGGUGUUGGGUGAGAGCAUAUUCAAGGAGAUUCUUCCAGCACAUGAUUUGUCUGGGUUGAGCUGGGCGUGGGUGUGCUGGGACACAAACACUGCAGAGGCAUGGCUUUUACGGUGUUGAGGGCAGCAAUGCCACCCCAGUGGAGAAGGCAUUGCUGUGAAGAGGCCCAUCAGUCAGAUUCUCCCCACUAUGGAAGAGAAUGGAGAGACCAAAAGGGCCAAAAUGCCAUCUGCUGGCCUCCAAGGACAAGAUGGCAGUAGGUAUGGGGUUCAUUCCUCCCUUCCACCAUCCCAGGGAGGAGCUGCAGAGCUCAAAGGGUGCCGGAGGGUCUGUCAGGGGAUACCCGUUUUGCUGCAAAUGGUGCUUGUGUAGGAAGAAAAGCAAGGUGUAGAUGUAUGCCUGCUUGCACCCACAUCCCUCGGUUCUCCCCCUCCAGGUCAUGGAGGUCCUUGCCCUGACCCUGGUUACUCUUCUGGCUCUGCUGCCCCCAGCCGAGCCCUGCUCCUCAGAGAUGAACAAGGUCAAGGACCUCCUGGAGGUGAACUGCACGGGGCAGGCUCUCAGCGCAGUGCCCCCAGACCUGCCUGCAGACACGGGCAUCCUGCUGCUGAGCGACAAUCGCCUGGAGUCCCUCUCCACCACUGCCUUUCUGUCCCUCGCCCAGCUUCAAGACAUUGACCUGGCCAACAAUGGGCUGGUGGCUCUGCACACGGGGGCCCUGCUGCUGUCCCUGAAGGAGCUGACCCUCUCCCACAAUGCACUGACAGCCCUACCUGUCCUGGAGGGCCUGCCUGCACUCACCCACCUGGCUGUGGCUCACAACAGCCUGGAGACAUUGGUCCCAGGGGCUUUCCGCACAGUGCCACAGCUGCAGAACCUGGACUUGCGAGGAAACAAGAUGCAGCAGCUGCCCCAGGAGGCCUUUGCAGGGCUGAGGGCACUCAAGGAAUUGGACCUCUCAAACAACCUCCUGAAGGAGCUACCCAAGGAGUUGCUGCAGGACCUGCAGAAGUUGGAGACCCUCUGGCUCUCAGGGAACCAGCUGCAGAUGCUGCCAACUGACUUUUUCCCAAAGGGGCAUCUCUUCAUGUAUGUCUUCCUCACUGAGAACCCCUGGCAUUGCAACUGUGACCUGCACUACCUCCAGACCUGGAUCCAGAAGAAUGCUGACAUUGUUUAUCAGCCAGAGCGGGGUCUGGAGGAAACAAAGGUGGAGGUCGCACCUGAGAAGGUGCUGUGCCACAGCCCUGCUGAGCAUAGGCAGAAGCCCAUCAUUCACUUCAAGCUUAACUGCAGCAUCAUGGAGGAUGAGGAUGAGGAAGGAGGGGAUGAAUAUAAUUAUGGGGAAGAAACAACAGAGAAAGCUACCAUGACAGCCUUCCCCCUACAUCCAUUCAUCUCCAAAGAGCACACUACCAUGACCUGUGCUAUUACCUCAUCUUGCCUUUCUACCCUUACUACCACAAGAUCUCCCCUCACCAGACCUUCCCUCAGCACCCCUUGUACCACCACCUUUUCCCCAAACACUUUGCUUGUGGUGCUGACAAGCACCAGAGCUCCCAGCACCACCAUUCCUGUACCAGCCAGUCUCACCAUGACACCCACACAAACCCCCAGCACUGCCACCAUUCUUACAGCUGCUACCACCAUCACCCUGCACAGACCUGCCACCUUUGACAAUGUCACCUCACUGCCAACAACUAUGAGCAGCAGCCCUUCUAGCAGCAGUGGCCAUCCCCAAACCACCCCUGCUACCAGCGGUAUCUAUGGCAGUCUCAUGGGGUCCACUGGCACAUUUCCCACCACUUCCACAGCAGUGCCUUCCACUGCCAUGCUAGAGGCCUCUCCCAUUGUCAGAUCUACAUGUCCUCCUCUGAUGUCAGCCAACACCAUGCUUUUCACUCAUGCACCAACACUACCACCUCCUCUGGAUACCACACACUUCAUGCAACCUGCAUGUUCCCCCCUACCUGUUCCUCCUCCCCUCUGCCCAUGCUCUAUCCCAGGACAGGCUGUACCUGUGCUGCAUUUGCAGGCAGGUGGGGAAGCUCUGCAGUGGGGGCAGUGGGUGCUGAGGCACUGCUGCCUGUUGCACUGCGUGCUCUACCUGGCUUCCUUGGCUCUGCUGGUCUUGACUAUGCUGGUUCUAGCAGGCUGGCUGGCAUGGAUGUGUCUGGUGGGACAACCCUCCUGGCACCAGGCUCUGCAGACCCUAGAGGUGCGGUAUCCACUGCUGGAAUGGAGGGACUCAACAGGAAACCCUAUGAUGCAUCUCAGCAGCUUCAAAAUCCCCCUCCAGCAACCUACAUUCUGUACAAUCAAGGAAGUGGACUUGUGCCCUGAGGUUACCUACUGCACAAUUAAGGAUCUGGGGAUACAGCGCAGUCCUCCUGCAAGUUACUCCUUCUGCACCACAAAGGAGUUGUGGGUUCACCACAGUCCUCUGCAUACGUCAGUCAAGCCUUUCUCCAGGAAGCUGAUGGUCACAGACUUUAGCUUCCUGAGGACCCCAUCUGCUUACAGCCUAGAUAGGGGUGUUGAGGCCAUCGGUGAUGUCAGAGUGAAAUAUGCGGGUAACACCAUGUAAAUGUGUCACACACAUGUGUACACUCAGAGAAAGAGAUUGAGAGUCAUGGCUUUGCUUUAUAUGCUUUGUUUUAAAAGGGAAUGAUCUACUUGCCUAGGAGGAAGCCAUCCAGCUCCUUCCUCUAGUAUUCUCAAACAGCCUGAGGUUUCCAGAGCUUGGGUAUUUGGCAGAGGAAGAUAAUGUCCUAAGCUGGUCAAUGAUAGUCUAGGACUGCCACUGCCUGGUUUUGGGGUGAGGGCAAGCAGAACAUAUGUUGUGCUCUGUCGCAACUGCUUCUACUCAAAUUAUGCACACAAAGAUGCAAUACACUUUCCACUCAGUGCCAGGUUCUUAAUCGCAUAAUAAAUAUUCUGUGCCUGAAUUUAAAAGAGGUGCUGGUUUGAUUUCAUUGGACCUGCCACAAGUCCUGGCAGGGCAGUGAAUGAGAAAUUUGUCUUCAGUAUUUGGAAUAAUGAAGACAGGGAAGAAAAGUCCAAGGAAUCCCAGAAUCCUAGAAUAUCCUGAGUUGGCAGGGACCCCUGAGUAUCAAGUCCAGUUCCUGGCUCUGCACAGACACCACAACAAUCCCACUCUGUGCCUGAGAGCAUUGUCUAAAUGCUCCUGGAGCUCUGGCAGCCUUGGAGCGAGGACCAUUCCCUGGCAAGACUGUUCAGUGCCUGACCACCCUCUGGGGGAAGGACUUUUUCCUAAUAUUGAUCCAUCCAUUAGGAUGCCUCCAUGAGGGGGGCACAUGAGGGUCCUGCCCAAGGUCCCAGAGAGCAGAGAUCAAAGCUGGCCUCUGUCUCCCCUCAGGAGAGGUCUCCAGGAUGAGGUCUCCCCUUUAUGUCCUCCAGACUGAAUAUGUCAAGUGCCCUCAACUGCUACUCAUACCCUUCCCCUCUAGACCCUUCCCUAUUUCUGUGGCCUCCUUUGGACACUCUUUAAAAGAUUUAGAUGCUUUGUGUAUUCUGGCAUUCAAAACUGCACACUUAUACUCCUAUUCCUGCCUUUGGCCCCAAACAUG